AUGGCUGUCGACGAGAGCACGCAGACCAACGGCGUCGCCGAGCCCGGCGCGGGGCAAGGGAACGCACAAGACGUGAAGCAGAGCGGCUGGACGGUACAGACUGUCCUCGCAGACAUCGAACACGGCUACGCCGAAUCCACCGACUCGCCCGUCCCCUUCUUCCACCUGCUCGAGCGCCUCAAGACCACCAAGCGCGCAGGCUGGCGCCGCUUCGGCAUCGAGGACUGCGAGAGCAUCUCCGACCACAUGUACCGCAUGAGCAUCCUCACCAUGAUGGCCCCACAGUCGAUUAGCUCGAAGCUGGAUAUCCUGAGGUGCUGCCGCAUGGCCCUGAUCCACGACAUGGCCGAGUCGCUGGUCGGCGACAUCACACCUGUGGACCCAGUCUCGAAAGAGGAGAAGAGCCGGCGCGAAUCAGAGACCAUGGAUUACAUCUGCACCAACCUGCUCGGCAAGUUCAACGGCGGCCUGAACGGCAAGGACGUCAGGCAGAUCUGGCAGGAAUACGAGGACAGCGAGACAGCGGAGAGCCUGUUCGUGCACGACAUCGACAAGAUGGAGUUGCUACUGCAGAUGCUCGAGUACGAGCGGAGCCAGAAGUGCGAGACAGAUCUGGGCGAGUUCACAUGGGUCGCGCAGAAGAUCAAGAGCCCGGAGAUCAACACAUGGGCCACGGCUGUGUUCCGCGAGAGACAAGCGCUGUGGAAGAAGGCAGGAAAGACAUGCAGCUGGCGCGCUGACACAGAGCCCAAGGACGAGGCAUCAUAGGCCAUCUUGGAGACUUGUUCACGACAUUACGACACAGCAUUGCGCGGAACGAGCGAGUUUGGCGUUUGGGCAUAAGUAGACCUAGAUUCCUCAGAGCAACGCGACUCACCACGAGCACAACCGCACACUACUCUGCCACUGCUGCCGGAUCCUUCCUCCCCCCUCCUGUUUGCCUCAUCACCUCCUCCAUAAUCCUCCCCGCAGCCCCAGCAUCCACCA